AUGUCUUGGCAAGCGGCCUUCCCGCUUUCGCUUUUCCCCGUCCAAUGCCAAGACCGGCUAAGGAGGCAGCACUGGCCUUGGGGUCUAUUUUUGAGGGCAAGGACCGAGACCAAUCUUAAAAACAACACCAUCGCCGCCAUCCACUUUGAACAGCCCUCCGACGGUGUCGGACCUGAGCGCCCAUUCUAUCCCCGCUGGCACAAGGCAAAACUGGCAUUGCUUCUUCUCUCCCUGUUGGUCUCCGCGGUAAUAUUUGGCGUCGGCAUAGCCCUCGGCGUCCACAACGCGCCAUACUAUCGGCCCGGCUAUGACACAGCCCCAGUGGACUAUGAGUUGGGAAUCUCUGGAACAGCGGCCGGCCUUGCCGUUGUGGUUACCGUCAUCGAGUUCCUGAAGACCAUGUUUUCCAGCCGGCGGCAGGGUAUGCAUCCGGGCGCACUGGUCGCUUUCCACCUCAUCAUCUGGCUGAUGGCCGUCGUGGCCGUCGUCAUGACCGCUUUGUUCGGGGCGUAUUCCUACUCCGAUGACUGGUACGGCUACCCGCGCGCCGACGAGUUGGUUCUGUUCAGCCAGACCCAGGUUUACGAGCAAGUCCUGCUGGGGUUCGAUUGCGCCCUCCUGCUUAUCCACUUCAUUCUGUUCAUUGGCGCUUGCGUUGAGACGAACCGGGUUGAGAGGGCGAAUAAGAAGGUGGUCGUCGUGAGGGUGCCGGUCCCUGUCGGUGCCCAAUACCCGGGACCAGGGGGUCAAUAUGCCGUCUACGGGCCCCCAAGUGCGUACCCAGCGCCGUUCCCGCCCGCGCAGAUGGCCCAAGUACCGGCAGCGGCGGGUGGUCAAACCGGGCCCUGCUGUUCCUCAGCCGGCAGCCUCCAUUGA